UUGCAGGAUGUCAACUCAGCUAUUGCAGGCAUAAAAACGAAACGUUCCAUUCAGUUCGUCGAUUGGUGUCCAACGGGUUUCAAAGUUGGUAUAAACUAUCAACCACCAACAGUGGUACCUGGCGGUGAUCUGGCUAAACUUCAGCGAGCAGUUUGCAUGCUCGCCAACACAACAUCGAUCGCUGAGGCGUGGGCUCGGCUCGAUUACAAAUUCGAUUUGAUGUACGCCAAACGGGCAUUUGUUCAUUGGUAUGGAUCUAUUCAUUUGAGAGCAUUUGACCUAUUCGACCGCAAAAUGAGCCUUUGCCUAGAUGAACCCAUCGCCAAAAUUGAACAUGCACUCGACAUGAAAAAAUUUCUUCGAACAAUCCAAUGUAUGAAUCAUUAA